CCACGGUGUGAUGUCACGGAGCGGUGGCGGCUUUCCCGAUUCACUGUGCGGAGAAAUCCCCGUGCACCCUUCUUCCACCUCCUCCCCUCUCCUCUCCUACUCCCCACUACUCUUCUUCUCUGAUUUCUCCCUCAAUUCCAUCUUUUGCAGCCAAAAACUUGCUGUUCUUCUCCUCCUCGCAACUUUUGGCACCUCAUCAUCGGCUACCUGACCGCCGGCGACCGGUGGUACUAAGCAGGCGCCCUUUUCCACAAAAAGUCGUCUCUCGUCGAGAGCAGCUGCCCUCCUGCUCCUCGCCUCUCUGCUGGUACUGGACUUGCGCGGAGUGGAGAUCCACCCGGACCUGGUUCGAUUUCUUCGUUUCGGUUUGGAACAUGCAGUUAACUCUGACCUGUUGCUGUUUUUGGUAAAGUUUGCUGGUCUGCCGGGUGGGUGGAUGUGCCAACUGCAGGCUGCUUAUCAUCCUGUCAUAAGAGAAAAACAAAAAGGGGACAACAAAGCAAUUUGUUGUCUCAUUCUUAGGAGCUGGUGAGAACCCGGCAUGGCAGAUGCUAGUUCGAGGACUGACACCUCAACUGUUGUAGACACUGACGAUAAAAAUCAAAGGCGUAAUAGGAUGUGAAGAAUUGGACCGUAUUCAUUAUCCAAUAAAUGAUGAGCUGAGCUUAUGUUCUCCGACGCACAUAAUUUUGCCAUUUAGAAAACGGACAGAGUGGAGCUAUUGUCAUGGCUUCUAAUUCAUCUGAUCGGUCUGACAGAUCUGACAAACCUAUGGACCAAAAGGUUUUACGGCGGCUUGCCCAAAAUCGUGAGGCAGCAAGAAAAAGUCGACUGAGAAAAAAGGCAUAUGUACAACAGCUUGAGAGCAGUAAGCUAAAACUUGCAAGCCUAGAGCAAGAGCUCCAGAAAGCUCGACAACAGGGAAUCUUCAUAUCCAGCUCUGGAGACCAAACUCAUGCUAUGAGUGGAAAUGGAGCUAUGACCUUUGAUUUAGAGUAUUCUCGAUGGCAAGAGGAGCAAAAUAAGCAGAUAAAUGAGCUGAGGACUGCAGUAAAUGCUCAUGCAAGUGAUAGUGACCUCCGUCUUAUCGUGGAUGGGAUAAUGGCACAUUAUGAUGAGAUAUUCAGGCUGAAGGGCGUUGCUGCGAAGGCUGAUGUGUUCCAUAUACUUUCAGGCAUGUGGAAAACACCUGCUGAAAGGUGCUUCUUGUGGCUUGGGGGUUUCCGUUCGUCUGAGCUUCUAAAGCUCCUUGUGAAUCAGCUUGAGCCACUAACGGAGCAGCAAUUGAUGGGGCUAUCCAAUCUCCAACAAUCCUCCCAGCAGGCUGAGGAUGCAUUGUCACAAGGAAUGGAAGCAUUGCAGCAAUCCUUGGCAGAAACGUUGGCUGGGUCCCUUGGUCCAUCAGGAUCCUCCGGGAACGUGGCAAACUAUAUGGGUCAAAUGGCUAUGGCCAUGGGCAAACUUGGCACCCUCGAGAAUUUCCUUCGUCAGGCUGAUAAUCUACGACAGCAGACCUUGCAUCAAAUGCAACGCAUUCUGACGAUCCGACAAGCUGCUCGGGCGCUCCUUGCGAUCCAUGACUACUUCUCACGUUUGCGCGCCCUGAGUUCUCUUUGGCUUGCUAGGCCACGGGAGUAACAUCGCCAGCGUGGGUGUCUGCUACAUGAACUGAUCUGCGAGUGUGGGACUGCUGGCUGCAAACUCGCAACACAUUUGCAGAUGACUGGAGGUUCAGUCCUCACUGUACAAGUUGUAUUAACAUCUUCUGGUCUCAGAUUGCGGUUCAGUGUUGUACAAUUUAGGGUAAAGCUUGGAGUAACUUGUAAGUUAUCAUGAAUUUAUGAUUGACAUAUUGCAAUUGUGUUAGCAAUAAAAAUAGAAGUACAUACAAGGCUGGAAGAAUAUCCAGCGUCAAUUAAUGUUGGAACCAGCAGCAAGAGCAGCAUGUCGCUUUGAAUAUUAGGUUGAUUGGUUGAACUUGAAGUCCUGGUGCGGUUGUGCCCAGAACCAAAAAAAAAAGAGAGAAAAAAAGAGGAGGGAUCCACAAUACUAUCAGGCUUCGAACUCCAUAUAUGAAGGUAAAAUUUGCUACGCAUUUGGUGGAUGAA